GUAGCCGACGCAGAAGAGCUCACGUUCAAUGCACCGCACGCGCCGCAUCCCAACGCGCUCGAGGCGUUCAAUCACGUCCUGCACCGCAUCAAGGCGGAAAUCGUCAAGUCCCGCGAGGACUGGGACAAGCACGAGCCUCGCAUGUGGAAGCGUGCGGCAGGUCUGUCCGACCAUGACCUCACCAACUUCACGCUGGAGAACGACCUCGUGCUCGUCCGGAGCGCGCCGACGUCCUACGGCACGAUUAUUCUUGGUAAGAUCAGGAUCCCGGCGAUCAAGGACGAGCUAGGCGAGGGCUUCAUCCACGUCAGGAUUCACGACCCUCCGAACAGGGGCACGGACGACGUCAAGUUCCAUUCGCUCUUCACGAACGAGGCGCGUCCGAACGAGGAAGAGCCACCCACGUCGUGGCAGGCGGUCCAGACCGCAGAUACACCGCUGGAUUUUUUCAACGAAUGA